AUGGCGAACAAUCCACCGGCCGGAGAGCCAUCCAAGGCGGAUAUUCUUGAUGCCCCGACUAUUUCCCAUGCGGAGAACAACGCGUCUUCAUCGAAAUGGAAGGCCGUCAAAUCAGCGGAUGGAGAUACUGCGAUGGCUCUAUUCAACGACCCGGAUGAGCUUCACGAGGAGGUUGACCCUGCGGAGGCAAGAAAAAUAUUGUGGAAAAUUGACUUCAUGAUUCUCCCCUACCUGGCUGUCUGUUACGCCUUCUUUUACAUCGACAAGACAACCUUGAGCUACGCAGCUAUAUUUGGCAUCCGCGAUGAUCUCAAACUUCAUGGAACUCAGUACAACUGGCUGAGUAGUAUUUUCUACUUUGGCUUCCUUGCCUGGGCAUUUCCGACGAAUUUUCUAAUGCAACGCCUGCCAAUCGGGAAAUAUCUGGGAGCAAAUAUUUUUAUGUGGGGCGUCUUCCUAAUGAUCCAAGCCGCGUGCAACAGUUUCGAAACUCUCGCCGUUCUCCGAGCUCUUGGUGGUGCCGCAGAAGCAUGUUCCGACCCAGCAUUCAUGUUAAUAACUAGCAUGUGGUAUACACGGCGUGAGCAACCAGUUCGUAUUGGGUUAUGGUACACUGCAAAUGGCAUUGGCAUUGCCUUGGGUGGCUUGCUUGGCUAUGGAAUUGGUCACAUUCGAGGUGCUCUCCCAUCAUGGAAAUACGAGUUUAUCGUGAUUGGCGCUCUUUGCUCAACCUGGGGCAUCAUUAUGUUCAUCUUUCUCCCUGAUUCACCUGUUACAGCCCCAGGCCUUACGAAGAGGGAACGACGAACAGCCGUCGAACGCAUCCGAGAGAACCAAACCGGCGUUGAGAAUAAACACCUAAAGCCAUAUCAAAUUCUGGAGGCAUUCUUAGAUUACAAGCUAUAUAUGUUCUUCAUUUUGGGUGCCGUUUGCAAUAUCCCUAAUGGUGGUAUAAGCAACUUUGGAACUAUUAUUAUAAAAGGAUUUGGAUUUUCCACCUUGGUGACAACACUGAUGCAGAUUCCUUAUGGUGUACUUAUCGCUCUAUCAAUCCUCACAUGCGUGUAUCUCAACGAUCGCUUUGAGAAUAGACGCUGUAUAUUUGUUCUGAUAUUUCUUAUUCCCAAUCUUUGUGGAGCAUUUGGACUCCGGUUUGUGCCUGUUGACCGAACUGUUGGUCGCUUGAUCUGCUACUAUUUGACGGGCCCAUACAAUGCUGCGUUCGUUUUGAUAUUGAGCAUGCAGAUUGCGAACACAGCAGGCCAUACCAAGAAGGUUGUCACCAACGCCGUCCUCUUCCUCGGAUACUGCACCGGCAAUAUUGCAGGGCCGUUCUUUUAUAAGACAGAUCAAUCGCCAACAUACGAGCUUGGUAUUUGGUCAAUGAUCGUCUCGCAUCUGAUCGAAGCUGUCUUAAUAUCCAUUCUCGGCCUGCUUUUGCGUUGGGAAAACAAGAAACGUGAUCGUAUCCAGUCGCAAAUGGAAGGAGGACUUGCAGGAAGAGACCUGGAUUCAACUGCAUUUUUGGAUUUGACUGAUCGAGAGAACUUGAACUUCCGUUAUAUCUACUGA